UUCUUGGAUUUUCUUGGGAUGCAGGGCUAAAACAAAAAGUAUUUGCUAUUUUUUUUCUGGUUAAGGGUCACCCAUACAUAUAAAUAAGGGUGCGGAGAGCCACACUGCUAUCGUCUCCCUGUGAGUGGGACUGGCACGUCCGCAGCACUUCCUGCCACGAGUCUGCAUCAACACACAAACGUGGGUCGGUGGACCGCCCGCCUCAUCAGGCCCCAGGCAUGGAAGAACUGAUAUGGGAGCAGUAUACUGUGACCCUACAGAGGCAUCCUGAAAGAGGAUUUGGAAUUGCAGUAUCCGGAGGCAGAGACAACCCUCACUUCGAAAAUGGAGAAACGUCAAUCGUCAUUUCUGAUGUGCUCCAGGGUGGGCCCGCUGAUGGGCUGCUUCAAGAAAAUGACAGGGUGGUCAUGGUUAACGGCACCUCCAUGGAAAAUGUGCUCCAUUCAUUUGCAGUUCAGCAGCUGAGAAAUACUGGGAAGAUUGCUGCUAUUGUGGUCAAGAGGCCCCGGAAGGUCCAGCUGGCCCCUCCACAGGGCAACCAUCCAGUGGAUGAGGAUGACCGGGGUUUUGAGGUGAUAGAUGAGUUUGAUGGCAGAAGUGCACACAGCGGAUACAGCGAGAGGAGCCGGCGCAGCCAUGGUGAGCGCAGCCGCAGCUGGGACGAGAGCCCAGAGAGGGCGAGAUCACGGCCUGGACCCUCCGGCAGCCGCGGCAGGAGCUUGGAGCGGGGCCUGGAUCAUGACGACUACCGAGAGCAAGAGCGUAGCCGCGGCCGGAGCCUGGAGCGGGGCCUUGACCGGGAUGACUACGGGCGAGCCCGGGAGCGGAGCCGCGGCCGAAGCAUCGACUAUGACCCGGCUUAUGACCGGGCCUACAGCCCGGAGGUGGAGUAUAGCCGCAGGGCCCAGCACCAAACCCGGUACGAGGUGUCCAGGAGCCGCAGUCGUGAGCAGCUCCACUCCCGCAGCCCCAGCCCUGAGCUGAGGGGGCGGCCUGGCCACGCCGGCCAGUCUGACCCAGACAGGCCCAUCGGAGUUCUUCUGAUGAAGAGCAAAGCAAAUGAAGAGUAUGGCCUCAGGCUUGGAAGUCAGAUCUUCAUAAAGGAAAUGACCAGAACAGGUCUGGCAACUAAAGAUGGCAACUUGCAUGAAGGGGACAUCAUUCUCAAGAUAAAUGGAACCGUAACUGAGAAUAUGUCUUUAACGGAUGCUCGCAAACUGAUAGAAAAGUCAAGGGGAAAACUCCAGCUAGUGGUGUUGAGAGACAGCAAGCAGACACUCAUCAACAUCCCAUCGCUGAAUGACAGUGACUCCGAAAUAGAAGAUAUCUCAGAAAUAGAGUCAAACCGAUCGUUUUCUCCAGAGGAGAGACAGCAGCAGCAUUCUGAUUGUGAUUAUCAUUCUUCAAAUGAAAAGCUGAAGGAAAGGCCAAAUUCAAGAGAGGACAGAUGGUGCAGGAUGGGCGCCACACCCACUCCAUUCAAGUCCACUGGGGACAUUGUUGCUGCAGUCGGCCCUGAGUCCAGCAAGGAGCCCCGACUCCAAGAUGAACCCUCAGCCUCUCAAUCAAAAACAGCCCCAAGAACAUUUCUUCGUCCUAGUGCUGAAGAUGAAGCCAUAUAUGGCCCCAAUACCAAAAUGGUGAAAUUUAAGAAAGGAGACAGUGUGGGCCUCCGCUUGGCUGGUGGCAAUGAUGUGGGAAUAUUUGUGGCUGGCAUUCAAGAGGGAACCUCGGCUGAGCAAGAGGGCCUUCAAGAAGGGGACCAGAUUCUGAAGGUGAACACACAGGACUUCAGAGGGCUGGUUCGGGAAGACGCUGUUCUCUACCUGUUAGAAAUCCCGAAAGGUGAAAUGGUGACCAUUUUAGCUCAGAGCCGAGCUGAUGUGUAUAGAGACAUAUUGGCUUGUGGAAGAGGGGAUUCGUUUUUCAUAAGAAGCCACUUUGAAUGUGAGAAGGAAACGGCACAGAGCCUGGCCUUCACCAGGGGGGAGGUUUUCCGAGUGGUAGAUACAUUGUACGAUGGCAAGCUGGGCCACUGGCUGGCGGUGCGGAUUGGAAACGAGUUGGAAAAAGGCUUAAUCCCCAACAAAAGCAGAGCUGAACAAAUGGCCAGUGUUCAGAAUGCUCAGAGGGACAAUGCUGGAGACAGGGCAGAUUUCUGGAGAAUGAGAGGCCAGAGAUCUGGUGUGAAGAAGAACUUAAGGAAGAGUCGGGAAGACCUGACAGCUGUCGUGUCUGUCAGCACCAAGUUCCCAGCUUAUGAGAGGGUUUUGCUGCGAGAAGCUGGUUUCAAGAGGCCUGUGGUUUUGUUUGGCCCCAUAGCUGAUAUAGCACUGGAGAAGUUGGCAAAUGAUUUACCUGACCUGUUCCAAGCUGCUAAAACAGAACCAAAGGAUGCAGGAUCUGAGAAAUCCAGCGGGGUGGUGCGUUUAAAUACCGUGAGGCAAAUUAUUGAACAGAAUAAGCAUGCACUAUUGGAUGUGACUCCGAAAGCUGUGGACCUGUUGAACUAUACUCAGUGGUUCCCGAUUGUUAUUUUUUUCAACCCAGAUUCUAGACAAGGUGUCAAAGUCAUGAGACAGAGGUUGAAUCCAACAUCCAACAAAAGUUCUCGAAAGUUAUAUGAUCAAGCUAACAAGCUUAAAAAAACUUGUGCACACCUUUUUACAGCCACAAUCAACCUAAAUUCAGCCAAUGAUAGUUGGUUUGGCUGCUUAAAGGACACAAUUCAUCAUCAACAAGGAGAAACAGUUUGGGUUUCUGAAGGAAAGAUGGAAGGGCUGGAUGAUGACCCCGAAGACCGCAUGUCCUGCUUAACCGCCAUGGGCGCGGAUUAUCUGAGCUGUGACAGCCGCAUCACCAGUGACUUUGAAGACACCGACGGUGAAGGAGGCGCCUACACUGACAAUGAGCUGGAUGAGCCAGCCGAGGAGCCGCUGGUGUCUUCCAUCACCCGCUCCUCGGAGCCGGUGCAGCAUGAGGAGAGCAUAAGGAAACCCAGCCCAGAGCCACGAGCUCAGCUGAGGAGGGCUGCUAGCAGAGAUCAACUUAGGGACAGUAGCCCGCCCCCCGCAUUCAAGCCAGAGCCUCCCAAGGCCAGAAGCCAAAACAGAGAAGAAGCCCUUGAACACAAGUCAAACCCCUCAGUCGUUGCUGGCAAUGACAUUCCUGGGGGAUCAAUGAAGGGUUAUCCUCCUCCUGUGGCAGCAAAACCUUCCUUUGGAAAGUCUAUUCUGAAACCGUCCACUCCCAUCCCUCCGGAGAGCGAGGAGGCAGGAGAAGGCAGUGAGGAGCCAGACAACACUCCCAAGUCUGUCCUGGGAAAAGUGAAAAUAUUUGAGAAGAUGGAUCACAAGGCCAGGUUACAGAGGAUGCACGAGCUCCAGGAAGCACAGAAUGCACGGAUUGAAAUUGCUCAGAAGCACCCUGACAUCUAUGCAGUUCCAAUCAAAACACAUAAGCCUGAACCUGGCUCACCCCAGUACACAAGUUCCAGAGCACCCGAGCCACAGAAAGUUCCUUCCAGACUCUAUCAGGAUCCCAGGGGAAGUUUUGGCAGCGAUGCCGAGGAGGAAGAGUACCGCCAUCAGCUGUCCGAGCACUCCAAGCGUGGCUAUUACAGCCAGCCCUCCCGCUACCGGGACACAGAGCUAUAGGUGAUGGGAAGGAGCCAGCCUCCCUUCCUUCGGCACUGCCGCUGAGGCACUGGAAGGUUCUUUCUUGUUAACAUGCACUGAGGUGAGACCUAAGCCCAGUUUCCUUGGGGGGUGGAGGAGGCGAAG